CUUGAACCGUUCAUUAGGCAAGUUGCUUUCAGUCUGCCUUCCCAUGGAUCUGAUCCCUGCUUGUGAACGGGCAGUAGUUCCUGUUGGUUUGGAUGCAGCAGCGGCAGACCUGGACUCUGUGUCCUCAAAUGCCACUGCAGUGGGAUCAGCGGGCAUCUCAGUGGCAACCAGAGCCUUGAUGCUGCUCGUCUGCCUGCUGCUGGUCACCUGGAACCACACAGAGAAGAAGCAUGUACCAGGUCCUUCUUUCUGUCUGGGCUUGGGGCCACUUUUGUCAUAUGUGAGAUUCAUCUGGACUGGCAUAGGCACAGCCAGCAACUACUACAACAACAAGUAUGGAGAUAUUGUUAGAGUUUGGAUCAAUGGAGAGGAGACACUCAUACUCAGCAGGUCAUCAGCGGUGCAUCAUGUACUGAAGAAUGGACAUUACACUUCACGUUUUGGGAGCAAGCAGGGACUCAGCUGCGUUGGCAUGAACGAGAGAGGCAUUAUAUUUAACAACAACGUAGCUCUGUGGAAAAAGAUACGCAUGUUUUUCAUCAAAGCCCUCACAGGUCCGGGGUUGCAGCAGACAGUGGAGGUUUGUGUCUCCUCCACACAGACUCACCUAGACAACCUGGACAAUUUGGGUCAUGUGGAUGUCCUCAGUUUGCUGCGCUGCACCGUGAUAGACAUCUCCAACAGACUCUUCCUUGGUGUACCUGUCAAUGAGAAAGAACUGCUGCUGAAAAUUCACAAGUAUUUUGAAACAUGGCAGUGUGUGCUGCUUAAACCGGACAUCUACUUCAAGUUUGGGUGGAUUUACAAGAGGCACAAAGCAGCUGCCCGGGAGCUGCAAAAUGCUAUCGAGAGCCUUGUAGAACAGAAAAGGAGAGAUAUGGAGCAGGCUGAUAAACUGGACAACAUCAACUUCACUGCAGAACUUAUAUUUGCACAGAACCACGGCGAGCUGUCUGCUGAGAAUGUGACGCAGUGUGUGUUGGAGAUGGUGAUCGCAGCGCCGGACACUUUGUCCAUCAGCCUCUUCUUCAUGCUGGUGCUCCUCAAACAGAAUCCAGAUGUGGAGCUGCAGUUGCUACAGGAAAUUGAUACUGUUGUGGGUGAGAGACAGCUUCAGAACGAAGACCUUCCGAAGCUGCAGGUGCUGGAGAGCUUCAUCAAUGAAUGCUUGCGUUUCCACCCCGUGGUGGACUUCACCAUGCGUCGAGCCCUGACCGAUGAUAUCAUAGAUGGCUACAGGGUACCGAAGGGCACAAAUAUCAUUCUUAACACUGGCCGCAUGCACCGGACAGAGUUUUUCCUCAAGCCGAACGAAUUCAACCUGGAAAACUUUGAAAAAAAUGCUCCUCGCCGUUACUUCCAGCCAUUCGGUUCAGGCCCUCGAUCUUGCGUUGGCAAGCACAUUGCCAUGGUGAUGAUGAAAUCCAUCCUGGUGACUCUGCUCUCCCAGUACUCAGUUUGCCCUCACAAGGGCUUGACCAUGGACUGCCUCCCACAGACCAACAACCUCUCCCAGCAGCCUGUAGAGCAUC